AUGAAUGAUGGCAUGCUGCAACUCCAGAUGGUCGUUCCUUCUCUGAAAGCCGAUGCAUCUCUCACUGCAAACCUAAAGAAGGAUGAAGAUAUGGUCAUGGACCUGGAGACCAUCAUGCACCUCUCUGAGAUAUCAUAUCAGCAAAAAGCUUCCCUAAAAUACGAUAAUGACAAGUUUGAGGUGGAACUGAAAUCUGACCUGAAUUCAGAGACGCAGAAAAUGAUCCCUAAUGUGGAGGCUCAUCGCAGGCAGCUUCAACAGCUCGUUGAUGAGAUCCUGGACCAGAGGGUGGCGAAGACAGACAUGAAACUGCGUCACAUCAUCACAAAAGGAAUCGAGGCGGGUAACAUAUGGCUGGACAAACUGACGGCGCACAUCCCCACUCUGGCAAAACUGCGAAGUAAGAGAAGCCUCUCUGAUCUCGCUCUGCCAGCUCUGCCAGAAAAACUGUUCCUGCAGUCCGACACUUUGUUCCGGUACCAGUUCAACAAGGACAAGAUGGCCAUCUCACUUCCUCUUCCACUUGGAGGCAAAAAGUCCGAAGAGCUGAACGUACCAAACUCCCUGUCAGUGCCCCUCAUAGAUUUACCACAGAUAGGUCUGUACAUCCCACCCAGGGCCUAUCAGCUCCCACGGUUCACCAUACCACCGUCUCUGGAUUUGUCUCUCCCCCUUCUCGGUCUGGCUGCAGCAUCCACAAAGAUCAGCAGCAACUUCUACAGCUGGGAAGGCUCGAUCUCUGGGGGCAACAACACCGCCGAUGUCCCCAGCUACACUGCACAGUUCAGGGCCACGGCCCAGUCACCUUUCAGCCUGUUGUCAUACAAGCUUGAAGGUAAAAAGUUAUUCUUCUGUCAAGUCACUUAA